ACAACAAAUUGUGGAGAAAGUCAAGGGGUGUGAAUACUUUCUGAAGGCACUGUAUUUGUUGGGUGAUUAUGCAAUACCUUUUUUGUAAACGAAAUGUGCAAUUCACUCUCCGACCUGUGUCAGGCGGCAAUACACAACACGUCUAGUCUGCCGUAAAACCACACGAAGAAAAAUAAGUAAACGGAAGUGAACAGUGACCAAGAACGCCUUAGCGUUUUUAUAGUUAUUUCGACAUUUAUUAACUCAAUAAGACAAAUUUAAUUGCAUAGCAAAACAUACUUACCACAGGCAGUCUUUAAUUCGCGUUAGAGACAGGACUUGGUUGAUAUGUGUUAUUUAGGUAACGCUAACUGCUAAGGUUAUCUAACAAUGGCUAACUGUAAUGGUAACGUUAUGGUUUUUCACACGCAAAUAGCCUCCAUCAUGGAGGUGCUAGCGAAUGCAGCUGUGGCAGAGAUCUGUAAACUCGUAGACGACGACUAUGCAGUGUGUCGUUUGGAAAUAACACAAAGCCAGAAAGAAAACAGGACAUUGCGGAGGAAACUACAGCUACUAGAACUGAAGGUGGCACGGGAGCGCGCAGAGAGGACAAUGCGAGAGCGCGUCCUCGGCAGUCGUCCCAGAAGUGUCAAGAUCCUCGACCGAUACAGAGGAAUUGCAAGAGGUGAAGGACAUCUCACUGAAGGCCACAGGAGCUUUGUGAAGCCAGCAGGACACAAUACAUGGAGAGAUGACCAACCAAUCACUGUUGAUGAGGGGAAUGGAACCUCAACCCAGCACGUUAUCGUGAUAGAGUCUGCAGAUGCAGAGGCUGCAGGUCCUGGAGUCAAGCAGGAGAGGACUGAAGCAGAGAAGGACCCACGGCACAGCAAAGACAUCCAGACUGGAGGGUCUGGAGCACCCCCUGUAGCCACGGAGAACCCCACCACCACCCCAGCGCAGCCCAGGACCCGACACAGCAUCACGGAGGUCAGUGGAACGCAGAACGCCGUUCUCAAGUCAGCGACAGACACCAAGACUUUAACUGUAACACACAGGCUCUUACACACAGGAUCUGACCACAGAUCAGAACCAGAGAGAUUGGGGGAGCGGAGACUGGGCUGUCCUCCUGCCCCCGGCUCAGACUAUUUACCGGUAUUUCACCAAAGCCAGAGGACGGUUCAUUCAAGUGGGCUUGGGGAAUCGUUAGACACUGGCAGUGAUGAUCCGUCUUGUUCUUACUCUACAGAGCUGGACCCUGGCAACAUGCCCUUGGGUUUAGAGAUACAGACUGAUCUGUCUAGAGGGGACUGGAACCGUUACAGUAGUAGUGUAUACUCUGAAGGGUGCCUUGAUAAGAAAGGGGAGGGUCUGGUCGUAGAUGAAGUGACUAUGAAAGUGGAGGGUGAUGUUCCUCCCACAUGGAAUGCAGAUAGUAACCUAGGAGACAGACACUCACAGGGCAGAGAUUUCUUAGAUUACAGGGAAAGCUUAGAGACAAAUCCAAAUGUCACGACCCACUCUCCUUUACACUUGUUCAGGGAUCACGACCCAGUGUCCACAUCGAUGGGCCCUUCCGAUUUACACAGCCACGUCCUUUUCCAUCAGGUUUUGAACUCAAAUGACAGGGCUAGAGCCCAGGCUCAGGGAGGGGGAGCCACGUCAGGCAAUAGUAAAGAGAAACGGUUCAGCUGUACCCAGUGUCACAUGCGCUUCACCGAAGCUGGCACCCUGAAGAGGCACCAGAGAGUCCACACAGGGGAGAAACCCUACAACUGCCCCCAGUGUGAGAAGAGGUUCUCCCGCCAGGACCAUCUGAAGAUGCACCUGAAGAUCCACACGGGAGAGAGGCCGUUUGCCUGUACGCACUGCGGGAAGAGGUUUUCAGAGAGGAGCUACCUCAAGAUACACCUGCAGAAAAACCAUUCUACUCUAUAACAUAGAAAGUAAUCAUUCCACUCGAUAGCUUCUGACGUUUAGAUUAAACCCUGUAUUAAAGGUAGACUCAGCAAAAUGAUGUACAGUGCCUUCGGAAAGUAUUCAGACCCCUUGACUUUUUU